AUGGCACAGUCAAUGCGAGCCUGGCAAGCCGCCCAGCCGGGUGCAUUCAAGCAGACGCUCAAGCUCCACGAUGACGUCCCGCGCCCCUCGGAGGCAGAGCUCAAGGACGGCCAGGUUCUCGUCGAGGUCGCCCGCGCGGGCCUCAACCCGGCCGACUACAAGGUGUGCGAGAUCGGCCUCGCGUCACGGGCCAUCACCUCGUUCCCCAAGACCCCCGGCAUGGACCUCAGCGGCCACGUCGUCGCCGUGGCGCAGGGCGUCACCGACGUCAAGGCCGGCGACGCCGUCAUCGGCCGCGCCAACCCCAAGCAGUCCCCCGGCUCUCUGGGCCAGUUCCUCGUCCUCGACCGCGACGCGUACGCCCCGCUCCCGGCCGGCUUCGACCUGGAGCAGGCCGCCGGCGCGCCGACCGUCGCCCUGACGGCGUACCAGUGCAUCGCGCCCUACGUCAAGCCCGGCGACAAGGUCUUUGUCAACGGCGGCUCCGGCGGCGUCGGCCUGUCCAACAUCCAGGUCGCCAAGGCCCUCGGGUGCCACAUCACCGUGACCUGCUCCACGGGCAAGGCCGACCUGUGCAAGGGCUUCGGCGCCGACGACGUCAUCGACUACCGCAAGGAGGACGUGCUCGCCGAGCUCAGGAAGCGCGGGCAGGUGUUCAGCCUCUGCGUCGACAACGUCGGCGACUCGCCCUCGAACCUGUACGCCUCGUGCGGCAGCUUCCUGCUGCCCGGGAGCAAGUUCGUCUUUGUCGGCGGGCACGUGUCCGCGGCGAGCAUGGGGAGCAUCCUCAAGACGCGGCUGCUGCCGUCCUUCCUGGGCGGCGGCUCGCACCAGUUCGUCUUCUUCCUCACCGAGAACAAGCGCAAGGACUUGGAGACGGUCAGGGACUGGAUGGCGGAGGGGAAGCUGAAGGUGAAUGUAGACUCCACGUAUUCGUUCGAGGAGGCGGAUAAGGCCAUCGAGCACGUUAGGAAGGGGGCUGCGGGCAAAGUUCUUGUUCGUGUGCAAGAGAAGUGA